AUGUUAUCAAUCAGCGGGUUUAGGAGGAGAUGUAAGGCGGCAGCAGAGGAGGAGGAGGAGGAGGAGGCCAUCAUCAUCAUGCUCUCUGUCAGGUGGCCGUUCCUCACCCCUCUCCUCCCUUCCCCCCGACCCCCUCCUCUCCCUCCUCCCUCCAACACCACAACGAUGGCAAGUAAAAUGAGAUACAAUUUUGUCUCCACCUUUGACAAAUAUAAGGGAAAUUUUGUCUCCACCUUUGACAAAUGUAGGGAAAAUUUUGUCUCCUCCUUUGACAAAUAUAAUGGAAAUUUUGUCUCAACCUUUGACAAAUGUGAAGAAAAUGUUGUCUCCACCUUUGACAAAUGUAAGGAAAAUGUUGUCUCCUCCUUUGACAAAUGUAAGGAAAAUGUUGUCUCCACCUUUGACAAAUGUAAGGAAAAUGUUGUCUCCACCUUUGACAAAUGUAAGGAAAAUAGUGUCUCCACCUUUGACAAAUGUAAGGAAAAUGUUGUCUCCACCUUUGACAAAUGUAAGGAAAAUGUUGUCUCCUCCUUUGACAAAUGUAAGGAAAAUGUUGUCUCCACCUUUGACAAAUACAAAUGUAAGGAAACUGUUGUCUCCACCUUUGACAAAUGUAAGGAAAAUGUUGUCUCCUCCUUUGACAAAUGUAAGGAAAAUGUUGUCUCCUCCUUUGACAAAUGUAGGGAAAAUGUUGUCUCUACCUUUGACAAAUGUAAGGAAAAUGUUGUCUCCUCCUUUGACAAAUGUAAGGAAAAUGUCUCCUCCUUUGACAAAUGUAAGGAAAAUGUUGUCUCCUCCUUUGACAAAUGUAAGGAAAAUGUUGUCUUCACCUUUGACAAAUGUAAGGAAAAUGUUGUCUCCUCCUUUGACAAAUGUAAGGAAAAUGUUGUCUCCACCUUUGACAAAUGUAAGGAAAAUGUUGUCUCCGCCUUUGACAAAUGUAAGGAAAAUAGUGUCUCCUCCUUUGACAAAUGUAAGGAAAAUAUUGUCUCUACCUUUGACAAAUGUAAGGAAAAUAGUGUCUCUUCCUUUGACAAAUGUAAGGAAAAUGUUGUCUCCACCUUAGACAAAUGUAAGGAAAAUGUUGUCUCCACCUUAGACAAAUGUAAGGAAAAUGUUGUCUCCACCUUUGACAAAUGUAAGGAAAAUGUUGUCUCCACCUUUGACAAAUGUAAGGAAAAUGUCUCCACCUUUGACAAAUGUAAUGAAAAUGUUGUCUCCACCUUAGACAAAUGUAAGGAAAAUGUUGGCUCCACCUUUGACAAAUGUAAGGAAAAUAUUGUCUCUACCUUUGACAAAUGUAAGGAAAAUGUUGUCUCUACCUUUGACAAAUGUAAGGAAAAUGUUGUCUCCACCUUUGACAAAUGUAAGGAGAAUGUUGUCUACUCCUUUGACAAAUGUAAGGAAAAUGUUGUCUCCACCUUAGACAAAUGUAAGGAAAAUGUUGUCUCCACCUUUGACAAAUGUAAGGAAAAUAGUUCCUCCACCAUUGACAAAUGUAAGGAAAAUAUUGUCUCUACCUUUGACAAAUGUAAGGAAAAUAGUGUCUCCUCCUUUGACAAAUGUAAUGAAAAUGUGUACUUCCUACCUUUGACAAAUGUAAGGGAAACAGGUCUCCACCUUUGCAAAUGUUAA